AUGUCGUUCUCAUUAGCCAAUCCCAAAUUUCGAGUAGCAAUCUGCGGUGCAGGCGUAGGAGGGCUUGCUCUCGCUGUCACAAUCGGGAAGUUUGCAGAUCGGGAUAUUCAUAUAGACUUGUAUGAAGCGCACGACACCAUCACGACUGUUGGGGCCGGGAUUGUAGUCUCGGGCCGUACAUCAGAGGUCAUGAAAGAGCUCGAUGUGUACGAAGAGAUCUCCCGUAUUUCGACCAACCCCCCUUCCUCCAGUCAUGCGCCAAUAUUAAGGAGGUCUGAUAUUCCACAGGGUGGUUUUGAAUGGUUUCAACAAAUUCCCACACUAAUGUCAUCUCAUAUGCACCGUCAGCAUCUCAUGGACACCCUCAAGCAACACCUCCCCUCGUCGUGCAGCCUUCACUUUAAUAAACGACUCACGCGAUAUGACAAGCAGUUAUCAGGAUCGCUCAUGCUUCACUUCGCUGAUGAUAGCACCUCAACUACGGACGUGUUAAUAGGGGCAGAUGGCGUCCACUCCUCAGUGCGGAAGAUGCUCUUCGAAACAUUAGAUCGAGAUGUUGUGGACCCAAGUAAGAUAAGACACUACACUGAUCCAUCUUGGACCGGGACGCUCGUCUAUCGCACCGUAUUUCCGGCGAAGAAGCUCUCGGAUUUGGAUCCAAACCACGUAUCCUUGAAGGAUUUUGUGAUAUUUUGCGGAAUGAGAAAGCACGUCGUUUCGUAUCCAGUUUCACAAGGAACACUGAUCAAUGUAGUGGCAUCUGUUACUGAUGAGGAGAAAGCUGGCACACCUUUUGAAGACCGCUGGGUUUCAUCUGUGUCCCAUGAAGAGGUUCAGGAACCAUAUCAGGACUUCGAACCCGCUGUUAAAAACCUCUUGAAAUGUUUCGAAAACCCCUCAAGAUGGGCGCUUCAUGUAGUGAAUGAAUUGCCAUUAUCUGCUUAUGACGGAGUUGCCCUGAUAGGUGAUGCGUGUCAUGCGAUGACACCCCACUUUGGCGCCGGAGCUGGCCAGGCAAUAGAGGAUGCUUUUGUGCUUGGUCGCCUUCUUGCUCACCCACUCACAACAUUGGAUAACGUACCCGCUGCGUUGAAGGUAUACCAGGACGUUCGCCUACUAUUCGCUCAAUCCGUAGCACGUGAAUCGGCACGUGCAGGACGUUUGUACGACUUUGACAUAUCUAGUGCAGCAAACGUGCAAGAAGAGUUGGAGAUUCGAAAAGAGCAGCUCUUAGCCCAGUGGGAAUGGGAAAGUAAGGAUAGUCCCGUUACCGAAUGGUUAAAGGCAGAAAGGAAACUGCAGGAAAGCAUAGGAGUGUCGAAUGGGCUAUGA